CGCUGCUCCAUCCCCCUCGGCACCAAGCAGCCCAGUGCGGACCCUAGCGAUUCGGGGGCUAGGCAGCGUUUGGAGGUGCACUGAAAUUGAGGCUCAGUCGGGCCCUGGUGCGUGGGGCGUCUCGGAGGGGGCGAACGAACGGCUCCACUUUCUCAAGAUCUGGGCUCUGCUCCAGGAGGGAGCCAGGAGAGAUGGCGUCGGUGCUCCUGGCAGCCAGGUCCCGGAAAUCAUUGACAUUCAAGGAUGUGGCCGUGGACUUCACCAAGGAGGAGUGGAGACAAUUGAAUCCUUCUCAGAGAAAUAUGUACAGGGAUGUGAUGCUGGAGAACUACAAGAACCUAGUUUUCCUGGGGCUUUUAGGUUCUCAGCCAGAUGUGAUCUCCCAGCUGGAGAAAGGUGAAGUGCCAUGGAUACCUGAGGGAGAAGUACCCAGAAACCCUUGUCUAGAUUCUCUUAUUCAGAAUACUAGGCGUAAAACCAGAGAACCAGUUCCAAAGCAUACUGUUUCUUUGGGAGAAACAUCCAAAGAGAUACUUAUAAAGGAUAGCCCUUAUAAUGCCAUUUUGGGAGAUGAUUGGGAAUGUGAUGUCAAGUUGCAAAGGGAGACGAGUAAUCAGCAAAGAAAGUCUAAGAGAAUAACAGUCACCCAUGAAACCAACACAUUUGGGAAAAAUUUCGAUUCAGAUUCAUCACUUGUUCCAGAGCAGAGAGGUGCCACAGAAAGAAGUCUCCGUGGGUGUGGAGGAAGUGCAAAGACCUCCAAGCAGUAUCCGAACAUUCUCAAGGGUCAUAAAAUCUCUGGCAAGAAACUUUCGAAAUCUAAUAAAUACAGGAAAUCCUUCAGUUAUCAUUCAGAUCUCAUUCAAUAUCAUAGAAAACUUACUGGGAAGAAAACAUGUGAAUGUAGUGAGUGUGGGAAAGCCUUUAGCACUAGGUCGGCACUUAAAGGACAUAUAAGACUUCAUACCGGGGAGAGACCCUUUGUGUGCAGUGAGUGUGGAAAAGCCUUCAUUCAGAGAGCAAAACUGAAUGUACACAAGAGAAUUCAUACUGGAGAGAAACCCUUUGCUUGUCAUGAGUGUGGAAAAGCCUUCAGAUACUCAAUAAGUCUUACUGAACAUAAGAGAAUUCACACAGGAGAGAGACCUUUUGAAUGUAAAGAAUGUGGGAAAGCCUUUAGGCAGAGCUCAGCACUUAGGAGACAUCAGAUAAUUCAUACUGGGGAGAAACCCUUUGUGUGUAAUCUGUGUGGGAAAGCCUUCAUAGAGAGUGGAAAACUUACUGCACAUAAGAGAAUUCACACAGGUGAGAAGCCCUUUCAGUGUAAAGAAUGUGGGAAGACCUUUAGCUACAUCUCAUCCCUUAGAGAUCAUUGUAGGUUUCAUACUGGAGAAAACCGACACGAAUGUAAUGAAUGUGGGAAAUCUUUCAGUAGAAGCACAUCACUUAAAGGCCACCAAAAAAUUCAUACGGGUGAGAAGCCCUAUGUGUGUAAUGAGUGUGGGAAGGCUUUCAUAGAAAAGGUAAGACUGACUGAGCAUAAGAGAAUUCAUACUGGAGAGAAACCCUUUGAAUGCAAUGAAUGUGGAAAAGCCUUCAGCCACAGCUCAUCCCUUCGAUAUCAUCGGAGACUUCAUACCGGGGAAAGACGUUACAAAUGUGGUGAGUGCGGGAAAUCCUUCAGUGCAAGUUCAACACUUAGAAAGCAUCAGAGAACUCAUACUGGAGAGAAACCUUUUUCCUGUCCCGAGUGUGGGAAAGCCUUCAUAGAGCGAGGGAGACUUACAGAACAUAUGAGAAUUCAUACUGGAGAGAAACCUUUUGAAUGUAAUGAAUGUGGAAAGGCUUUUAGCUAUACCACUAGUCUUACAGAACACCAGAGAAUUCAUACAGGAGAGAAACCUUUUGAAUGUAGUGAAUGUGGAAAAGCCUUCAGCCAAAGUUCAACACUUAGGACACAUCAGUUAACACAUACUGGAGAGAAGUCCUUUGAAUGUAAUGAAUGUAAAAAAGCCUUCAGUAGCCGAUCAUCCUUGAAGCUUCAUUGGAGAAUUCAUACAGGAGAGAAAAAGUUUGAAUGUAGUGAAUGUGGGAAAUCCUUUAUAAGAAGUUCAUCGCUUAUGAAGCAUCAGAGGAUUCACACCGGAGAAAAACCAUUUGCGUGCACUGAAUGUGGGAAAGCCUUCAUUGAGAGAGGAAGACUUAAUGAACAUAUGAGAAUUCAUACGGGAGAGAAACCCUUUGAAUGUCAUGAAUGUGGAAAAGCCUUUAGUUACAUAGCAAGUCUUACUGAACACAAGCGAAUUCAUACUGGAGAGAAGCCUCUUGAAUGUAACGUGUGUGGAAAAGCCUUCCGCCAUAGGAUAGGUCUUACGGCUCAUAAAAGAAUUCAUACAGAAGAAAAGCCUUUUGAAUGUAAAGAAUGUGGGAAAGCCUUCAGUAACAGCUCAAAUCUUAUGAUGCAUUGGAGACUUCAUACAGGGGAGAAGCCCUUCAAAUGUAACGAAUGUGGAAAAGCCUUCAGCAAUAGCUCGAACCUUAGGACACAUCAAAGACUUCAUACUGGAGAGAAACCCUUUGAUUGCAAUCAAUGUGGGAAAGCCUUCAGAGAAAAGAGACAACUUACUCUACACAAGAGGAUUCAUACUGGAGAGAAACCCUUUGAAUGUAAUGAAUGUGGAAAAGCCUUUAGUUAUCCCACAAGUCUUACUGAACAUAAGAGAAUUCAUACUGGAGAGAAACCCUUAGAAUGUAAUGAAUGUGGGAAAACUUUCAGUCACAGCUCAUCUUUUAGGAAUCAUAAAAAAUGUCAUAUUAAAGAAUAAGAUCUAGGAAGCAAAAUGAAAAACCUUUCUGCAAAAAAUUUAUGUUUUAGAGAAAUCAAGGGAAAGUAGCAUGUGGGAUUAAAAAAAAAUUUUUUUUUUUAUUUAGCAAUAGCACAUUCUUUAAGAAACCUUGGACAAGAACUUGGGGAUCAUAAUCUAUCUCAUACCAGCAGAACUAAGGUACUUGAAGACAAGGACCUAUUUGUGAGAUAUAUAUAUAUAUAUAUAUAUACACACACACACACACACAUAUAUAUUUUUUUUGUGGGGGUUACCCAGCACUUAGCACAGAAUCUGGCAUUGGUAGAUGCUUGACAAAUGCUUAUUGAAUGCCUAAGUAAGAAUCUGUCAUACAGUAUGAUUGAAAACUAUGCUGCAUUAUUUGCUUGAAAAUUGGACUCCAGCAUUCAAAGUAGAUAGGCCCAUUCAAAGUCCUUAACUUUUACUCCAGCUAUAGGAUCCUGUAACAGAAGAUCUCUGAGAGACUCAAAACCAAUGAGGGUUGGAACAAGUGAUAUGGCAGAUAUAACAACAUGGGUUUAAGAAAGCUUUUAUAUAUUUUUUUCCUUAAAAAAUAGAUGCCCAUGAGAUUGGACUUAGAAGUUGAGAGCCAUGAACUUUCCCUGGAGAAAUAUCUGUUACGAAUGUAAGGUGACUUGAUUGGAAGGAACCUAAAAUAGCAUUUUUUUUUCCUAUUGAUAACAGAAAAUGAGAGCUAAACUUCAGUAAUCCAAAGAUUGUCCCCUGUGGACAUAGGGUUUUUCUCCAAAGAAUCUGGUUGAUUCCUAAUGACUUUCAAGCUUAAUUUCACAGAUAGCUGGAAUUUUGACAUGGAUUUGAAAAAGCUAGAAUUCUCCUAUUUACGAAACAAGUACUGGGGAUAUUUGUCUAAUAGACACAUGGGUAUCAGCCUCCUGACAAACGAUUACGAAUAUUUCUAUAAUUCCACAUUAAACCUAUUCUGUGUGUGUAGUGUUGUGACACAUGCAUCUGAGUUUGUGGUUCAAAUGUAUAUAUCAAUCAAUGUAUUUAGAAUUACUUUAGCGUAAGAUUUAUUCUCCUUUUCUUUACCAAGCUACUACCAAAUGCAAAAUACUUAGAAAAUUAUCAGCCUUCUAACUCUACAUAUGAAGAGAAAAGAGGGCUACUUGUUUUUGCAGAAAGUUUCUGUAAAGUUAAGACAAUUGGAACUGUAGACUCAGCACUUAUAAAGAUUUAUUUCCUCAUGUGUAGCCAUGUUUCUAUGAGCUGAGAACAAAUACUCCAUUUUCUGUUUAAACAGGAAUUCUAUAGCUCUCUUCCGCAAGAAUAGUCCAGUUCAAAUCUGAGCAAGGUAUUUUUAGUAUUCAGUCUUAUCCUUUAUAUAUUUCAAAUGGCAACCACUUCUAAUAUUCUAUCGCUGUAUUAUUUACUAUCAGAAGUUAUUAUUAAAACUUAGUUUCUCAUAAAAAAAUAGUUAUUCAGUGAGCCAGUUCUCAGUUCAAUGAACCAUGAUUUGCAUACUUCAUUGUGAAUCAUAUUGUCUCUUAACUGUUUAAUAAAUAUGCUUAAUAUUUUCAUAUCUUUUCAAAAAACAAUUUGUUAGAAUGUUAUUGAACAUAAUCUGCCAAGAUGCUUUAUUGUUGAAAAGAUCCAAAAUUCAUAAGACUUGGAAUGUGUUUUAUAAUAAAAAGCUAAAAAAAGUGAGCUAUAGGAAUUCACUUUCAAAUAUAUUUGGACCUUCAACAAUAGUCAUUGACUAAGUAGCCUGGGAGCUUUGACACAUUGAUUUCAGUGAGGGAUGUGGGUGUGUAUAUUUUGAAAAUGCAGCUUUGAAGUGCAGAAUUAGCAAGUAAAGAUACCAGACUAGCAGAGCAAAGAAAUUAAAUAGUUUUAAUAAUCCCAAAAUCAAGAUUAAGUUAAGACCAUGAUAGAAAAAGGUAUUAAUGCAGAUUAACUCUUAGAAUGUUGCUUAAGAGUUCUGGGAAGUGAUUUCCCAUGGGGAUGGAGUAGGGUUCAUAGCCAGUGUAUGCAGAGGUGAAAUUUCGGUUUGAGUCUUCCUGGUGCAGACUGGCUCUACCUACUGUUCUCUCCUGCCUGUCUGUAUAAGAUAAACCAUUUUAGAAAAGUGGGCCAAUGCAAAUUUGUCAGUCUAAAGGUUUUAUUCCGGAGCUUAAUUAAAAUUUGAUGAUUGAAUCUGGAAAGCCUGAAGUUCCUAUCAAUGACACGUAAUUGUUUUAUUAUUUUCUCCCUUGGUUCAGGAACUUUUCUGUAACUGCUAAGUGACAAAUGCUUAAACUUAGAGCUUUGGGCUCACCCAAUUGAAUGAAUAUGUAAUAAUAAACAUUUUUAAGAUAAGGAGUGGCUCUCCCCUCUUCCCCCAACUCCCAGGAUACCACCGUCAGAGAGAAAGUCUAGCUCUCUGAGGACAUCAAGAUCAGAGCACAUCUUUUAGAAAGUUUUAAUAAUAAGAUUUGAAGGUCUUAAAAAUUUGAUAAAUUAAACCUGUAAAACCAGCAUUGAUGGUUUGACCUUUUGCAAUAAUGAAACUCACUAAAAGCUCUUUGUUUGCUUUGGCCUUUGAAUUACAUGCUUCUGGUGUCUGAGAAGAAUAAAUUAGAAAACAAACUAUUGUUAAAAGUUAAAGGAUGGGGUGAGUACUAAUGUAGCAGCAACUGGCUAAUAAAGGGAGGAUGAUGGCAGGUGAAAUUGUAAUCAUGGUUCUGACUGGCCCAUCACCUGUUCAGUUCAUUCCAGGAAAGGCUGGGCCAGUGAUGGACUACUGGCAGGACUUCUGAAACUUCAAUGAUUUCUCUUCCUUCAUCACCUAGUUGACCAUCAGUUUGACUAUUGUAUCCUUUAGUCAAUAUGGAGAAAUAUUGUAUAAAAUCACAUCUCCAAAACUAAGUUUUAUCCAAUAUCAAAAACAGGAUCAGAAGAUUUGCACAAGGUCAGGAUUAUUUCUAUAAUGAUGUCACAAUUUUCCCUUUGUCACAUAUUCAUGGUGCAAGAGUUCUAUUUGCAAGGGGUCUUUAAUAAUCAGUGUCGGGUGAACUUCUGAUACCUUGUUUAAAUGUGAAAAGACUUAAUAAUCUUGGGCUGGGACCAAAAAAAUACUAAGAGAUGUCCUACAGUGGGUUAAAACUCAUUAUUGAGAUGAUGUAAAAUGGGUAGGACGUUUUUGGGAUCAUCUUAAGAUACAUUCUAGGACAAGGGAUAAAGGUGGCUGCCACACAAGUUAUGUCAUAAGUUGAAAACCUUUAGUAGCAUCUGAACAUCAGCUCUGUUGGACCGGCAAUCUCACUAUUACAGAGUGCUUGGAUGGAUGACAGCCAGCUUUAUCCUAGAUCAGGGGGCUUUUACUUUUUAUGUCAUGGGCUAUAAAACCCUCUGAAUAUUUUUAUGCUUUAAAUGCCUAAUAUUACAAAGGAAACCACUAUAUUGAAAUAAUUAUACAAAUGAAAAAAAUAUACAAACCCAUAAGAACCCUUAUAGCAUAGAAAUACUCUCCCCUUUAUACUUUGGGCUCUAAAGGUUUUGUGCAAAAUGUAAGAAACUUAGAGAAUCAAAGUCCUGUACCCAAACUUCAGAGAUCCAGUAGGAUCAGGGGAGGGAGCUCUGUCUUGAUUUUUGUUCAAUGGCAGCUGUUGAUGUCCUUUGCCUGCAACCUGCUUUAUUAUCACUAUUGUUUUAAGUAAAAUUGCUUUGUUUUCUAA